GUUUUUGGAGGGUGAAGGGAGGGGGAGGAGCGGGCAGCUCCUUCCCAAAGCUCUCCCACCGCCCUGCCUGAGCUUCUGAACAGUGGGAGAGGGCACAGCAGGACCCAAAGCACCGUCCGUGGACGGGGCAACCUUCAGCUCUUCCUCCAGCCUUCACACUUCAGCCCUUCCCUUCUCUUCCACGUGCAGGGAGUCCGAAUUCCCACCCUCGGUUCCUUCAGCAUUGCCUCCGAGCACAUCGAGGCUGAGGAUGGAACCAUGACUCUUCAGUGGCCUGCGUUUCACCUGGCCAGGAACCUUGCGGGCAUCCGUAACCUCGCGGAUAACAAGGAUUACCUGCCAGGCCAUAAGGAGGUGGAGGCCCUCAAAUACUCUCAGGUGGCCGCGGCCGCAUCUGUGAGCCGGCAGACUGCGAAGGCCUGCAUAUUCGGCACCACGUCCCUCGUCUCCCACUGCCUGAAGAAGGGGGAGAACAUCGCCUUUGUCCUGAAGGACAUCGGAGUGCUCCUCAUCGAGGGAACAAGAGUCCAUGUCAAGUUCUACUAUGACUUCCUGGAGAGGAUCAGCGGGAAGGAGAACCUAGAGAAAGUUGUUUUCAAGGUGAGCUGUAGGUUUCUCCAUGGCCUGGGAAGUCCCACGAGCCCAGAGCUGCCUGCACAUG